GCCUAUCUUUGGCUGCUCCCAAUCCAUCAUCAUCCCAUAAAAAUAAUUAUGAUUGAUAAUACCGUUAUACUACUAUGUUUAAUAUAUCUUAAGUCAGUGAGUCAUUGUCAAGUAUUGUGGUCCACGCACUGGCUUACGGUCAGCGUGCGGAGCAAAGUAUCGCGGCUCUAUCCCAGGAGACUGGAGGCAAGACGUUCUUCUACAGCGGUCGGCCAAACUCCACGGCUCUCAUAGACGGUCUGGCAGCGACUGUGGCCACAGAGACAAGUGUUAUUCCAAAGGCCGGUGUGCCGCAAGCGAUUCUGACAGAUGCUGGAAUGGUGAAACGAGAAUUGCCUAUGUAUGGAACAUUUUACAUUGAUUCCACCGUAGGAAAGGAAACGUCUUUGACCUUUAGCUAUUCUGAGUACAUAGAGGUCAGGGUUCAAGGGCCUGAUGCAAUGUACACAGCUGACAAGUAUAAAGAUUAUUUCAGAUAUGACGAAGGGUCGAAAGUUCUGAAGGUCAUCCUGCCUGGAGAGUCAAGUACUGGAAUGUGGUCAUACCAUGUAUCAACAAACGCCACAAAGUCUCAGAUCACUGUCAGCGUCCAGUCCAAGACCAGGAAGAAGGGCAUAGAUGUCCUGCAGGUUACAUCUUGGAUCCCAGAGCAGGGAGAGGUGGAGUUCAGUCCCAAGCAGAAGUUCGGCGUUUACGCAGAAGUUUUACGAGGGAAAGCGCCCGUUUUGGACGCUCAAGUCAUGGCCUCCAUAGAGAGACCACAGUCUUCACCUGUGGAUCUAGUACUAUACGACAACGGAGUGGGUGCGGACAUCAUCAAAGGUGAUGGCGUCUAUGCUGCUAACAUCAUGGCAAAGGACCUCAUGGGGGAUGGAAGGUACAACAUAAAAGUCAAGGUUAUCGGAGAAGAAGGAAAGACGAAGGUCGUUGUGGGUGGAACAGGAACUUCCAGUAGAGCUUUGGAAAGGCAAACAGCAGGACAACUCAUCAACACAGAGACGUCCAGAGUGGAAAACUUUCAGCGUGUGACGUCAGCGGGGGAAUUUCGACUCCGCGGAUUCUCCACACUAAACAAAGAGAAGGAGCAAGAUGAAAUGCCUCCGUCUCGAAUCACAGAUCUGAGAGUUAUUAUCUUUGAUUACGAUAACUUCACGGCUACGUUACAAUGGACGGCAGUAGGGGAUGACAUGGAAAGGGGUACAGCGUCAAGAUACUUCAUCCACACGUCAGGAGACUUUGACCAGCUUCUUCUGGACCGGUCAAAAGCGACCCUGCUUUCCAAAGAACAGGUGCUCAACGGCACUCUGUCCUAUCCGCAGCCAGCAGGAGUCACGGAGGAAAUUAUCGUACACCUUCACGCCAUUAGGGACAACCGAACCGUUUUCCUUAGUGUUGUGGCUAUUGAUGAGGCUGGAAAUGAAGGCGAUACGUCUAACCUGGUGUCGUUAUCCCCCGCUCAGGAGACAGCCGUUCCUCGUGUCCCGAUGUCCACCAUCUCUCUCAAGACGUACCUGGCUAUUGCCUUGCCGCUUGCCCUUGCCCUUUUCGUUUUCGUAGCUCUCGGUGUGGGUCUGUUAGUGGCCAGGGCGAAGAAAAUGAAGUCAAAGAACAUCGAACAGGUUCAGAAUAUCGGAGCUUUGUCCCAUUCAACGCAUAGUCUGGAUAUGUCCAAUAUGAACUACAUGUUUGAGGGAGAGUAUCGCAAGAGGCUCCAGGAAGAUCCUGAUACGUGGAGCAGGGGUAGCAUCUAAUGCUUUGAAACUUCGAAGCCAUUCCCACCAGGACGCUCAACAAAAUGGCAACAAUUUGCACAAUCGACUCGCACCCUCAGAUAUUUUGAUAUUUCAAGGAAAACAAGAAUUGCUGCUUUCUGAGCGUUUUACUGACAUUCGUUGCCAGAACUAUAGUUCUGCGAGAUACAUGUGAAUUUUAUAAAUAACACAACUGGGCUCGUGUAGAACUCAUGUUACUUAUGGUUAUCACAAAUAUGUAAAAGCUUGAAAACAAUCUGUUUAAAUUUUGUGAUUAAAAGUGUCCUAUUUUGAGAAACA